UUCGAGCGGCGAAGCUCCGGGGACGCGCGGCCACGUUGCGGCAUUUCAAAUUUCGAAUUCGAUCGCGGCAUUGCCAGUCGGCGGAACCGAGUUCGCAUUUCAAAAAUGGAACCACCCAUUCGAAUGACUCUGUGAAUUUUGUGAUUGUCGUUUGUUUCCCCCUAUUGCAGUGACGAAAUAGUGACAAACAGUAUAACCAUAAUAUUGACAUAAUGUCUUACAAUUUGACAGCCGUAAUAUUUUGAGAUAAUUAACGGCCGCAUGUUUAUUCGUUGAGUGUUCAAUAAUAUUGUGUUUGGUUGGAAUAUGUUUGAGGAGCAAAGGGAGAAUAAGUGAGAUUUGUUUUUUUUAUAAGUGUUUUGUGUUACGAGACUGCAGUGUAUGGUUGCCGGAACAUUUGGAUUUAUAUAAUUGCUCUCCACUCACGGAUGCCAGUGCUAGUGCGGGUGAUGUGUGCGAGCUGAGGCGAUGCGGCGGCGGGGCGCGCGGGGGCCGCAGCGGGGCGCGGGGGGGGCGGCGUGGCUCGCGCUGCUGCUCCUCGGAACAACGACGGCCUACACCGACACAGAGGACUUCAUCUCUGAUCUUGACAAGCCAGUGCCCACGUCGGACGUGCAAGGAGUGCUGGGCAAGAAGGCGUCUCUCCCGUGCGACAUCCAGCCGCUGCACUCCGACGACUCCGUCUCCAUGGUGCUCUGGUUCAAGGAGUCUGAUGGAGAGCCGCUGUACAGCUACGACAUCCGCGGGCGGUCCUUCAGCCAGCCUAAGCUGUGGUCGUCGCCGACGGUGUUCGGCAACCGCGCCUUCUUCCGCGCAGUCGCCGACCCCGCCGUGCUCAUGAUCGACAACGUGACGGCCGUCGACGCCGGGGUGUACCGCUGCCGCGUCGACUUCAAGAACUCGCCGACCAGGAAUCUUAAAGUCAACUUUACUGUUAUUAUACCCCCAAGUCGUCCAACAAUAUACGAUGCAAAAAGAAGAGAUAGAACGAAAUUAGUGGAGCCUUAUAAUGAAGGCUCCAAUGUGCUGCUCAUAUGUGAAGUAGAAGGAGGUCGGCCAAGGCCACGAGUCACGUGGUACCUGGAGAACGUGGUGAUAGACGACUCAUUCGAGCAGCGUCCUGACGGCGUGACGCUCAACACGCUGACCUUCCCCAACGUGGGGCGGCAGCACCUCAACGCGCGGCUGGUGUGCCAAGCCUCGAACACCAACCUGGCGCCGCCGCAGACUAAAGUGCUUAUAUUGGAUAUUAAUUUAAAACCAAUAACAGUGACGAUCCUGACGAAGGAGAAGCAGAUAUCUGCGGACAAGCGCUACGAGAUCGAGUGCCGGACCACGGGCUCGCGGCCUGAGGCCUACGUCACCUGGUGGAAGAACAACCGGCAGCUGAAGAGGAUGGCCAAGAAUUUCUCGGAGAACAACGAGACGCUGUCCGUACUGAGCCUCGUCCCCAGUGCGGAGGACGACGGUCGCGUGCUGGCGUGCCGCGCCGAGAACAAACACGUCGAUGACUCCGCCAUCGAGGACAAGUGGCGGCUCAAUGUGCACUAUGUCCCUGUAGUGGAUCUGAAGAUGGGGUCCAAGUUAAACCCGGACGAGAUCAAGGAGGGCGACGACGUGUACUUCGAGUGCACGGUGAAGGCGAACCCCAAGACGCAUCGGCUGGUCUGGUUCCAUGGUAACAACGAGAUCUUCCACAACGAGGCGGCCGGCGUGAUCCUGUCGGCCCAGAGCCUGGUGCUGCAGAGUGUGACGCGCGCCGCCGCCGGCGACUACACCUGCAUGGCCGCCAACAGCGAGGGCAAAGGCACCAGCAACCCCGUGUCGCUGUUGGUCAGAUACGCUCCGGUCUGCGCUGACAAAAGGGACGGCGAAUUGUUCGGUGCCUUGAAACAUGAGACGGUCUCGCUUCACUGCUCGGUGGACGCCAACCCGGCGCUGGUCUCCUUCCACUGGACCUUCAAUAACUCCGGCGAGCAGACGGAAAUACCGCCGCGGUUAUACUCAAGCCACGGGCACACGUCAACCCUCAACUACACCCCGACCACAGACAUGGAGUACGGGACGCUCGCCUGCUUCGGAGCCAACUCCGUCGGGCAGCAGAAAGUGCCGUGCAUGUUCCAGCUGGUGGCUGCUGGGCGGCCGUUCCAGCUGCAGAACUGCUCGGUGGCCAAUCAGAGCGUGGACUCAUUAUACGUGGAGUGUGUCGAGAACUUCGACGGCGGACUUCCUCAACACUUCGUCAUGGAGCUUGUGGAACUGCCCACGCAUAUUGUCCGCUACAACGUGUCCACCAACCGGACACCCCCGUACUUCGAGAUCCGCGGCCUGCCGCCGGGGGUCAGCUACCGUAUCGACCUGUACGCCGUCAACGCCAAGGGACGCAGCGACGUCGCCACGAUAGAAACCGUGACGCUGAAGGGACAGGCCAAGUUUACUGGUGAGAGCACGACGCUAGGGUUGUCACCAGUACUGGCCUCAAUAGCCGCGAUGGCCGCGCUGCUGGCCGCGGCCGUGUGCGGCGUGCUGGCCGUGCUCUACAAGCGGCACUCGGCGCGGCACAGACACCUGCCCGCUAAGCAUGCUCCACUUAGCGAGGCGAUGUACAUGGAGCGUCAGACCCACAGCCCUACGCCCGUGAAGCAAGAGUGCGACACGCGGUCAGUGACCCCGGGCGAGGGGCGGGCGGAGGGCGCGCGGGGGGCGUUGCUGCGGGCGCCUGACCCGAGGGAGGCUGAUGAUGCUGAUCCGGAUAUUAUACCGUGUUUGUAUGAGCGUCGGUCGAUAUCCAACGGCUACAUGAGCCUGCAGCGGCCGCCGUCCUCCACCAAGCUGGCGCGAGAGCCCGAGCCGGACCCCGCCUUCUACACAGACUUCCGGAAGAAGGGCGCCAAGCUGCCUUUAACUAGUUCAUACCAUAGUUUAGGACGCGCGAACAAGGGAGUAAACGCUUGCAGCCCAAGCUCAGCCACAGGAGUGACGUCAUCACUCACGGCACAUAGACUGCGGCCAGAAGUCGUCACGACUUCGCAUCGAGUGCAAGAGAGUUGUAUAUAGAGCGAGAAACGACGGUAGCCCUCCGAAUUUUGUACAUAACUAAUUAACUACGCGAUAAGUAUUGACUGUGUUCCUUGAAUGCAAUGUGCUGUGGGAAUUGGGCUUUAUUGACAUUGCGUCUAGUAAAGAUGAUUAAAAUUACCAUGAAUAGGUAACUGGAUUGUAAUGGCAGUAACAUGAUUACAAUAAUUGUGGUAACGACGCAUUGUGAAGCUUAGGGGGGUUAUUGAUUGAACAUGAUAGAUAAUCAUUUUGAGUCUUAUUAGUACGAUCAUUAGUGACCGAUUCAGAGUGUUGGACGUGAUGUCGAUAAAGGUCAGUUUUGCACGGCACGUGGCAAUAGAGUAAGUUGUUACAAAAUGUAUGAUAAUAUUUUGUAAGCACAACCUCAAGUUUUGUAUAAAAGUAUCAUGAAUUUGUAUAAUGAUUGGGUAAUUUAAUAAUUUAUACGAAAAUGUGUUUUCCAACAUCUGCUAGAACUGUAGACAUUUUAGGUAAACUAAUAAAUCUAAUAUUGUGGGUUUGAACAAAAAAAGGUUUUGUUUCGUAAUUUGGUAAUUUAAAACGGUUACUUACUUAUUACUUAUCAUACGAAGUGCGAAGGCAUUUAAAAAACGAUAAGUAGGUUGGUAGGUAUUUCACAAGUUAAAAGCAUUGGUAUUUUAUAAACAGAACUCUAUCUCUAACACAAUAAACCUAUCAAAAAUACUUAAACACCGUUUGAACUUUUAACUGUUGUUGAAAACCAAUUAUCACAAUAUAAGUUUGUCUUUUAAGGGUAUAAUUUUACUUUUAAACAUUAAUGAGUUUAAUAGUCCAAUAAUAAACUAUGCAAAUGUUAAGUAGAAGUAACUUCUACAUGAAAACAACUGUGUCUUUUUGCCAGCGUACAUACGUAUAAUAUGUUUGACUGUGCCUUUUUGUGUAAAAACAUUUCUCAAAAACUAACCUACCAAUUAUACGUCCAUCACCUUGACAUAGACAAGCACGUCAAGGACCCUUUAUACCUAACAUAAUAGCAAUAAAUAUACGUUUGGUCCGUGAAAAAUUACCUGUCCCAUAUCUUUCUUCGCAACAAAAGAGCGUAGCCUUAAAUAAGGGGCCUAUUCUCUAAUCACUGGCGACCGGGAAUCCAACGGACAACGCUAUCGGUCGAGAUUUAACGCCCUCGCGACCACACGUGAGAAUUCCGACGUAAAAAUAAAUGACAACAUUUGUCUUGAGACUCGCCGCCGAUCGCACUGAGUAGUUGGAAACCGUAUUUCGACGUCGUUGAACGUGAAGCUUAGAUUAACAAUGUACGAAUAAGAUGGUGUAUGUCAUAUACAAAAACUGUCGAACCGUUUUAAUUUAAGUUCAACCUAAU